UUAGAAGCAGAACACGCGAAGAAGAACCAUAGCAACGGUCAAACAAAGAUGGCGCUCUCCUCUGCUCCAGCGGGCUCCAGUUUAGCCCUCCUCUCUUCAUUUCUAUUUCUUAUUUUAGUCCGUUCAGACGAAAAUGGAACAAGGUGGGACUUUAACUCGACCGAGGCUUUUAUACCCAACGCCACGGAGGGUUUUACCACCACGGAGCCUGCCGUGUUCGAGUCGUCCACUCCGACGGUGGGCUACAGCGGCACGGAGGAGCCCGUCGUACCCGGCGAGCCCCUGCCCGUCUCCGGCCGCGUCCUCACCGCGGUGACCGACGUGGACAAGCUGUGUCCCUGUGAUGAGGAGAGGGGUGUGUGUGACGUCGGCUGUUGCUGUGACAGCGAUUGCCAGGAGGAGGUGGCUCUGUUCACCGCCUGCUCCGUCUCCGCUGUGAGUGGCAGCAAGCAGCUGUGCAGCUACGACGUGGCCCGCUACAGUCUGAGGACCACGGUGGACGGCUACUCGGAGCUGCGGUCAUCCGUGCUGAAGGAGACGAACCCAGACGUCUUCUGCAUUCAGAAGCUCAACCGUGUAGACGGAUUGUCUCAUCCUCCACCCGCUCUUCCAACUGAGACCAACUUUGAGUUGCUGUUUAAGCAAUUUGUCGGUUUUAUAUUUGGUUCAACAAACAGCUACCAGGUGCUUCCAGCAGAGGACCAGGCCUCACGCGGAUACCAGUAUGGGGAUGUGAUGCUGACCGCUGGAGCAGACGGGGAGACACAGACGCUCUAUCUGCCAGCACCCGGCGUCACCUCAGAGUGUGUGGACAGCAGUCCUGCAGCAUUCCUAAAGGAGCAGAGCAGCCGGUGUACCCGGCGGGUGGUCCUGAGUCGGGACUGCGCCCUCCUGCCGGCUCUCAACAAGCACACCUACUCCAACAUCAAGCUGUUCAACGGGAAGAACUCAGAUGCAGAAGUUGUCGAUGUGGAGGCCUCAGUCAUCCUCCAGUCCACAGAGGGCACUCAGACCAGGCCCCCAGUCAGCGACGGGGACUCCUUCAGCCCGGUCCUCCUCAGCCCCAGCCUCUGUGCCAAUGUGGUGCUGAAGGUUAUGUACGUGAUAACGUACAGCCCAGCGGGUGAGGUGGUGAAGGCUACGGUGUCUCUGGUGCUGGGGUUUGUCCAGCGAGCUGCCACGCUGCUGGAGCAGGAGUUCCACAUCACGUUUGUCCAGGAGGACGGAGGAGACAUGGCCGUCCAUCGCAGCGGAAACCCGGGUUACGUGGUCGGGCUGCCCAUCGUGUCCGCAACAAGAACCACGGGGGGGAUAACCAGAAGCACCAGCCCCAGAGACACUCUGUCUCUGCUCCACAGCUCUGAGCACCAGGACUGUCUGCGGGCUCCACACCAGCGCGCCCCCGUCCUGUUCGGCCUGGACUUUGUGUCCGGGUGCACGUUAAGGCUGGAAGAAGUAACUAACUGCUCCACCGUGUCCCAGUUAGUCCUGGACAGUCUGAGAGGACAGAACCUCCCCCAGUACGUGGCCUCCUUCGGAAACUCUCCACUAGAGAGUCAACUGGACUGGGUGCCCAUUAAAAGAAACCUCAAUCCAUUGGAUCCACAAAGUUGCAACAUCCCGGUGUCCCUCCAUUUUGAGAUUGAAUGGACCAAAUAUGGCUCCCUUGUUAACCCCCAGGCUCAAAUUGUAAGCAUCGAGGAAGUAAUCACCACCAACACCAGCGAUUUGGUCCUGCUGACCGGCGGUAGUGGCGUCCUGCCCAUUAGAAGCUCCGUGGCGUUCACGGCCACGGCGGCGGCGGCCCGGAAAGGAUACAGAGCCACUCCCACCAUCGAUGCCAAACUGCCCUUUGACUUUUUCUUCCCUUUUGUCUGAGCAGUCCAGGCUUUCUUCAGAAGCUGGGAGCAUUUGAAUGAGCACUUACUGUCAUUGUGUGACUACUGUAUAGAAGACUUUUAGGGUCAACUUGUAAAUAAAU